UUUUUAUUCACGAGGCUUUCCAAUUUAUUUGCUAUCAUCCAACAAUCACCGGAUGAAAAAACUUUCAAAAAAUACAAAAAUAUACAAGAAAGAUCUUCAGAUAUUGAGAAGACUGUUAUUCAAAAUUCUUAUAGUGAAAUCAUUCAUUCUCAUUCUUACGAUUUUGAUGAAGCAGGUGUUCAUCAAAGGAAAAUUGUCAAAAGUAAAAUUAAAGAGAUAAAAGAAGACUACACAAAAAUUAGUCAACCAACGAAGGAAAAGAAAAAUCCUUUAAUUUUGACCGAAAUAUGCCAAGCUACAAAUGAUGAUUUGAGCAAUUUCAAACUUAAGCUUUACAUAAAAUAUACUGCCAGCCAUCACUUUUAUGAUAAAAACCAAGAAAUUGAAGAUUAUAUCUUGAUUGAUACUCACCUUGGCCCAACAUUGCCAAUUUUGCUUAAAGGCAUAAUUGAUCCAGAUUAAACAAGUACACCAUUUAAUAAAUAUGUUUUGUUAUUUUAUUUCAUGAGAUAUAAAUAAAAUGCACAAUUCAAAAUUAAAAAUACAAUUAUGUUGUU